CGUGCUUACAUUAUCAAAUGAAUGAGGCAGCAUGACGUAGGAAGCUUCGCGGAGCAACCAGCACAUAUAUAUCCAGCCCACCGGACAUAACAAGGAACCUGCAGAGAAAACCAGUUUUACAGCAAGGAUGAACACCGAUACCAUUGUUAUUGUUUCUGCCGCAAGGACUCCUAUAGGGUCUUUCAAUGGAGUUCUUAGUAGUGUACCCCUCCAUGAUCUUGGGACAGUAGUCAUUAAAGAUGUACUAAAGAGGGCGAAUUUAAAGCCAGAAGAGGUCUCAGAGGUCAUCAUGGGACAUGUUCUCACUGCAGGUCAUGGACAGAACCCUGCCCGACAGGCAAGCGUUGGAGCUGGUAUUCCAUACUCCGUGCCGGCGUGGAGCUGUCAGAUGGUGUGUGGAUCUGGCCUGAAGUCUGUCUGUCUUGGAGCUCAGUCUAUCAUGACAGGAGAAUCCACAAUAGUAGUAGCAGGAGGCAUGGAGAACAUGAGUCGGGCUCCUCACAUACUGCAGAUGAGGUCAGGGGUGAAGAUGGGUGAUGCUGCUCUGCAGGAUUCUAUAUUGGUUGAUGGACUCACAGAUGCGUUUCACAAUUACCACAUGGGCAUCACUGCCGAAAAUGUGGCCAAGCAGUGGGGUGUGUCCCGUGAAGCGCAGGACCAGUUUGCUGUGACAUCACAGAACAGGACCGAAGCAGCACAGAAGGCCGGACAUUUUGACCAGGAGAUCGUGCCGGUCGUUGUUCCCUCUAGGAAAGGUCCAGUUGAAGUGAAAGUCGAUGAGUUUCCUCGGCAUGGAAGUAAUAUUGAUGCUAUGUCUAAGCUAAAGCCCUAUUUUAUAAAGGACGGUUCUGGUACAGUAACACCUGCCAAUGCAUCAGGGAUAAAUGAUGGAGCCGCAGCUGCUGUUCUCAUGAGCCAAUCAGAGGCUCAGAGGCGGGGCUUAAAACCAAUGGCACGGAUCACAUCCUGGGCUCAGGUUGGCCUUGACCCCUCAGUCAUGGGCACAGGGCCAAUUUCUGCUAUUAGGAAAGCUAUUGAGAAAGCAGGAUGGAAGCUGGACGAAGUGGAUCUGUUUGAGAUUAAUGAAGCUUUUGCUGCUCAGUCUAUCGCAGUGGUACAGGAGCUUGGUCUAAACCGCGAUAAGGUUAAUGUGUGUGGAGGAGCUAUUUCUCUUGGACAUCCUCUUGGUAUGUCCGGCUGUAGAGUGUUGGUGACCCUGCUGCAUUCACUUCAGAGGACCGGGGGGAAGAAAGGGGUUGCAUCCCUGUGUAUAGGUGGUGGAAUGGGGAUUGCCAUGUGUGUAGAACGAGAGUAAAGACAGAGUAGCUCAGACCUUUGACUAUACACCAACAUGACCUACUGCAAUUAUUUGCGCAAGUCAAAACGUACAUACUGUA